AUGUUUUCACAUGUUACAAGCGUAUUCAAAAAAAGUAAAACUACUAAAUCGAAAAAAACUGACAAUGAAUCAGAUGAUCAUGAGAAACUUUCAUAUGAAUUAACAAAUGAUAUUAAACGUUUAGAAGCAGAAUUAGAUCCUUGGAUUAAAUUAAGUUUUGAACCUAUUGCUAUGGAACAUCAAAUGCGUGCUGAAGCUUUUAUAACUUGUUGUCAUCCAAUGGAAACAGUAGAUGGAGAUAAACUUAAAAGAUAUGUUAAUAGUUAUGGUGCAUUAAAAGAACAAGAGAAAAUCAUUGAAGAAUGUUUGAAAGAAUUGUCAGAAGUUGAUCUACGUAACUGUAAAUUUGAUAUGAACAAGUUGAAUGAAUCUCGUCAAAGUAUUAUCGACUUUGCUAAUGGGAUUGCUGAUAAAUCCAUAUUAACAUUGAUAGAUACUGCAAUUCAAAGACAUAUUUAUAUAGAUAACAUUGUUUAUAAUUAUCAUUUAAGCACACCCAAAGAAUGUCAUCCAGCACUUCGUCUACUUUGGAAACCAUAUAGAUUACUGCAAUGUGAAAUAUCUUAUCGUACAACUUUAGCUACAAAAUUAUUAAGUCUUAAGAAUUACAAAAAAUUUAGUAAUGAAAUAAGUAAACCAUUCCGACAACUGAUGUCUAAUAUAUAUGUUAAUUUGAAAGUUGCUUUGGAUAAAAUCAAACAAAGUAUUGCUGCAAAGGGUAAACCAGUAGCAAACGAACAGAUCGACUUGGAUGUAAAGUUCAUUACAGAAACAUUAAUAGAUUAUAAAGUUCUUUUUAAUGAUCCUAUGAUUUUACAUCAUGAAAAACGUGCAUAUGCUUAUAAAGUUUGUUGUGAAAAAUUGGAAACAGAUGAUCUAAUUGAUGAAUAUAUAAUAAAUUUUAAUCGUGAUCUUAAUAAAAUGGAAAAACUCUUACGUAGCUGUCUUCACAAACAAAGUUUAUCUGAUAUAACAAAUGAUACUUUAUACGGUGGCGAUUGUCAAAGAGCUUAUAAUCAAUUGACAGAAGUCAUGAGUGAACGACAAAAUUCUAUUAAUAAAUAUAAAGAACAAGGUGAAGAUAUAGCUGAACAUUAUAGAAAAGCAAUUGCUCCAAAAUUAAGUCAAACAUCAAUAAUAAAAUCUAUGAAUACUUUUGUAAAACAAUAUUGUUCAGAACAACAUAUAUUCGAAUUAAUGUUUAAUCCAGAAAAUGUGAUUAAAUGUGAAAAAAUUAUUCGUAAAAUUAUUGGAGAAAAUGGUUCUACAAUAUAUAAUGUUUAUCAUACAAAUAUUAGUACUCCAUUUCGUCAAAUGAUUCUUAAUGAUUGGCAACAACUUGAAAAAGCUCAAGCCAAUAGUCCACCGAUAUCAGAAAGAAUAUUACUAGCUCAAUUGAAUAGUCAAUCGGCUCCAACUAUGGUUAAUAAUGCCAGGGGUCAUAAAAAUUUUACGCACAGCCGUCGAAGAAGUUCAAGAAAAAAUACUGCUUCACUAAUGAUGACAUUAAUUCAUCAAAAUUUUACUAUAUUUUUUAUGAUUAGUAUUCAUAUAAUUUUCUUUUAA